CUGGAAAGAUAAGGGUUAUAAGCCUUCAGUUCAUCCCCCACAGCCGCGGAGACAAGAGCCAGGAAGAGAUAAGGAGACUCUGAGCCGGGUGUCAUGGCAGCCAAACCCAAGCUCUGGUACUUUCGUGGCCGGGGCAGGAUGGAGUCAAUCCGCUGGCUGUUGGCUGCAGCUGGAGUGGAGUUUGAAGAAGAAUUUCUGGAAACAAGAGAACAAUAUGAGAAGUUGCAGAAGGAUGGACGCCUGCUUUUUGGCCAAGUGCCUCUGGUUGAAAUUGAUGGGAUGAUGCUGACACAGACCAGAGCCAUCCUCAGCUACCUGGCUGCCAAGUACGACUUAUAUGGGAAGGACCUGAAGGAGACAGUCAGGAUCAACAUGUACGUGGAUGGCACUCUGGACCUCAUGAUGAUGAUCAUUCUGACUGUGUUCAAACCCCCAGAGGAAAAAGAAGAGAACAUUGCUUUAAUUGUCACGAAAGCUAAAACCCGUUACUUCCCUGUCUUUGAAAAGAUUUUGAAAGACCAUGGAGAGGAUUUCCUCGUUGGCAACAAAUUCAGCUGGGCAGACAUACAACUGUUGGAAGCUAUUUUAAUGGUGGAAGAACUCGAUGCUUCUGUUCUUCGGGACUUCCCUCUGCUUAAGGCAUUUAAAACAAGAAUCAGCAAUGUCCCCACAAUUAAGAAGUUCCUGCAGCCUGGGAGUCAGAGGCAGCCCCCCCCCCAGACGGCCACUACGUUGCGGUGGUCAGGCACAUUCUGCAGUUCUGACGGCAGCUGGUCUCACGGCGAUGAUCCACGAUCCAAUGCUCCAACCGCAGCGUCAGCACUGCCGGAGCUCACUGUAGAUUCUAGGCGUACAGUGUCUAAAGAGAACAAAGCCUUACGCCAUCAACAGCAAAUGCCAAUUAAAUGCAAUAUGAAACCAUUUUGAUAUAUGAAAAAUUUCAAGCUUGUCAAUUGUGGAUGAUGGUUACCACACUUUUGAGAUCGACGUCUAAAUAAAAAGGAGGCUGAUCUGUCUAGGGCAGGCCUUCUGGAGCA